UUUUCAAAUGAGUCAAAAAUUUUGCUUUUUAUUUCUUUAUUGUUGCAAAUGAAUUUAAAGUGAAUAUUUGUGGCUUGAAAGGAGCGCAAAGUCAGUUCAGUCGUGUUACAAACUCAAUAAGAGUAAGUCAUUGGUGCGCGAAAGCAUUUAAUCUAACAUAAAAUUAUAUUUGAAGUGGCUUUGUUGGCGUGAUAAUAAAAAACUGUGAUAUAUAAAAUAUAAUUUAGUUUAAAUUUGCGGAAAAUAUAAUAAAUAACUACUAAAAGGUAUUGAUUAAAGGGUCAUACCAGUCAGCGCGUCAGUGUCGUUUCAACAGUUGCGAAAUCAAAACAUUCCGUUUACUAAGCUUGUCGAAAAGAAAAUAUAAUUUUAUUACUAACAAAAACACAAUGGUCAUCAGCAGCUACACGUGGAAUCUCGCCAAUCAAUGCUUCAUUUUGGCCAUAACAGUUUGUAUGUCGGUGAAAUGUGCGCAAAUGAAGUUCCAAAAGACUGCCACACACGCCUUUCUUUGUACCCUUGGGUUUGUUUUUCUCUCGGCCGAGGGCAUGAUGGUGCGUUGCAACAAUAAUUGGCUAACACGCUCGCUGCAUUCCGAUACAAAGACAAUGCUGCACUUUUGGUUGCAAUUGAUUGGAGGUAUUUUAGGCGUGGCGGGUACGCUGCAAAAAUCACUGCCAAAGGAACACCAUUUUCGCUCGUGGCAUGGAAAACUCGGUUUAGCUGCUUGUGUGUUCUUUGUGAUCAACUGUCUCUCCGGCUCUUUGGGCUUGUACUCCUGGGGUUAUCGUCAGUAUGUGUCGCCGGCAGUUAACGAUUUCAUUCACAACUUUCUCGGUUUGCUAACAUUUGUUACUGCGAUGCUGGCUCAAUAUACCGGCUAUAAUACAGGCUUCUUUCGGCGCAAUUUAAAGGAGCAUGAAAAAUUCUAUAAAUACUUGACAGCUGCGGUUUUGGUGCUGACCACAUGGGGACCAUUGAUGAUAUUUCUGCGGAAGCUCUAAUAGUUUAGAAAUUAAGUAGUUAAAUAUUAAGCAAUAAGUUUUCUUUUUAAGGAAAUGUGAUUAUUGUACAAAGUUCGAAUUUAGAAGCGUGUUGUGACUUAAAAAAUUAAAGAACAAAUGAUAUUGUA